UCUCACUCAAUCCCAAAUAACAACUACAACCCCAGCAGCUUCCGACACAAAUAUUCCCUCUCACCAUGCUCAUUUUCAGCUUCUUCAAGACUCUCAUGAAUCAAGAAGUCACAGUCGAACUCAAGAACGAAGUAUCGAUUCGCGGGACCAUCAAAAGUGUCGACCAAUUCCUAAACAUCAAGUUGGACAAUGCGAGUGUAGUGGAUGAACUAAAAUGGCCGCAUAUGUCCUCGACGCGAGACAUGUUUAUUCGAGGAUCUGUGGUCCGAUACGUACAUAUCCCAAGCGCAACGGUCGACAUUGGACUCUUGGAGGAUGCCACACGGCGAGAAGCGGAUAAGGCAAAGGCGGGUACUGCAUGACCGUAAUGACAACGAUCAAUAGGAGCAAAAAGCAUGAGUGAGGUCGAUCUUGAGAUAAUUAUAUGGAAUUGGAGUUUAUCACAUAUCAGGUUUACUUGAAAAUGGCGUAUAGACGGGCUGGUAAUCAAUUCCUGGGGCGAAGAUCCCACCAGGGCUACGUAUGAUAAAGAGAGACGGUGGUAGAGGAGACGGAUCCAGAAAUUACUAUGCGGGCAUAUGUAUACCCUUGGCCAGAUAAUGCAGAAAUGGAGUUCGGUAUUCCGUCUUAUACGCUAAGGUAACG